AUGGCCAGGAAUGAGCGGGGAGGGGAGCGAUCUCCACGCCAAGGUCAAUAUGAGAAUUAUAAUGUCCUAUCUAACUCUCAGGAUAGGAUUUUCGCCACUGAAAGGAAUAAGGAGGACUUUGGGAGACCUAACCCCAUAAGGACUCCCAACAAGUUCAAAAACAAGGAUAAGUUUUGUGCUUACCACAAUGAGCCAGGGCACAUCACCUCCGAAUGUUGGGCAUUAAAAGACGCAAUUGAAGAACUAAUCAAGAGGGGUCGCCUGCAUGACUAUGUGGUGCGACCAAAAGAUCAGCAGCCCCAACAGUCAGCCCAACCAAAACCUAGUCAAGCUCCCGAGCGGGACCAAACACCUACAGUAAGAACUAUUUUCACCAUUCAUGGAAGGCAUCAUAUUACAGGGACUUCUAACAGGUCCCAUGAACAUUAUGUCCGGGAGGUUAGUCACCUUCUACUCGCUAGAGACGGCGAACAAGAAAGACCAUCCAAGAAAGCCAGAAUGGCCUUAGACGAUAUUGCUUUCACCAAGGAAGAUUCUAGAGACGUGCACAGGCCACAUAAUGAUACUCUUGUGGUCCGAGCUCGAAUUGGCAACGUGGAGGUUCCUGGAGGGAAAUAUUUGUUUGUGGUUAACCUUGAAUCUCUUCGAGCUUAA